CAUCUCGCCAUUGGACAGGGGCGAUGUCGCGCGGAGAUGCGCCCCACUCGCUUCCUCUUCCUGUUGGACAUGGGGACGAAAGAUGCUUCUGCCAGCAGUUAGCGAUUAGCUAACUGCAUAUUUCUCAUAGCUGUCAUACCUGGAUUUUAGUAAUGUAUUGUUAGUCAAUUAUUUUACAAACUGGAAAUCGCGUCAUAGUCCUAUUCACGUUGCCGAGGGAAGCUUUAGCUUGAAUGCUAACUAGAAGGCUAAAUCACAGCAUCUUUCCGUUUAAUAUUUAUAUAGUAGACAGCUAGCUAUCAAGAAACGCAUCAAGAUGGACAAAGAGGAAUCUGACAGACUGAUAGAAAAGGCGAAACUGUGUCUUCGAUCCGGACGGAGAUCUACAGCGCUGCAUUUACUGUAUGAAGCUCAGAAACUGUGUCCCAGCACCCGAGCUAGAGCCCUUAUCGAUACCAUCGUGAGCAACGGCGGCGCGGCUGGCGACAGGAGGCACCGUGACGGCGAGAGUCACUGGCACGAUCCGCGGCAGCCCUGCAAGGAGCAAAAUGGGAGCAGCUGCGCAGGCGCAGAUGCAAAGGGCUACGCGGAGGAGCAGCUGCAGGGGGUGCUGAGAAUAAAGAAUUGUAAGGACUACUAUGAGAUUCUGGGUGUGGGAAAAGAUGCCAGCGACGAGGACCUGAAGAAGGCCUACAGGAAGCUGGCCCUCCAGUUUCACCCUGACAAAAACUGUGCCCCAGGAGCAACAGAUGCUUUCAAAGCAAUCGGGAAUGCGUAUGCCGUGCUGUGCAACCCAGAGAAGCGGAAACAGUACGACCAGUACGGUGAGAGGAUGACUACCAAGUCCGCGGCGACCCGCACCUCCGGCCAGUCUCACCACAGCCACCGACGUAACGUCUACCGGGAUUUUGAGGCAGACAUAUCCCCGGAAGAGCUCUUCAAUAUUUUUUUUGGGGGCAGAUUCCCUACAGGUAACAUCCACGUCUACGCCAACCGCAGGGCCUCCUACGGCCAUUAUUACAACCCUUGGCCACGACAUAGAAAUGAGAGAAGGGAGGAAGAGGAGGCAGAGGAGACAGACAGUAACAACCACAGUCAGAACUCCUUCACUGCCUUACUGCAGCUGCUUCCCGUGCUGGUGCUCAUUCUCAUCUCCGUGGUAACCCAGCUGAUGCAUACCAGCCCCUCCUACAGCCUCUUCUACAAUCCGUCUCUGGGCCUGGUGGUCUCCCGGGAGACGCAGCACCUGGGCGCCCCGUACUACGUGAGCCAGGGCUUCCAGAAGGAGUACAAGGGGGUCUCGCUUUGGGAGCUGGAGAAAUCCAUCGAGAGCAGCUAUAUGGAGCACCUGCAGAGCAGCUGCAUGAAGGAGAAGCAGCAGAAGUCCGACUUGGCCAAUCUGGGCCGUCUGUAUCGCGAUGAGCGGCUGAAGCAGAAGGCGGACUCCAUGAAGUUGGACGACUGCGAGAAGCUGCAGCGCCUGGUGGCACGAGCGAGGGGCGAGUAAAGCGGGGGGGGGGGAGGAAACCCCCACACCCCAGCGCAGAGCUCACUCUCAUCCCCGGCAUUUAUUUAUUGUUAUUUAUACGUGUUUGAUUUGGUCGUACUUUAGCACUUAGGAUGCUGGUUUAUGGUUAUGUGUUCGUUUUUUGUUUAUCUACAUCGGGUGCCAUUUGCACAGGCUUUCUGAGCUGGUGCUCUCACCUAAAGCUUCAGUGGGGUCUGAAGCACAUAAGAAAAUCGCUGUAAAGUGUACCGUCAUUUCCUUACAUUAAGGGAAGCGGUACCUCUUACACCUGUUCAUGCUUAUUUAGUUGCACAAACAUAAGGGUAUAUAGGUUCUGCUAUUUAGAAACGGCAGGGAGAGCAGUAUUACUAUGAUACGCCCAUUUCAGGUCAGAGCGGAUGCGAGAGGUCUUGUAUGAAAGGCUCGGUUUGUAGCUUUGUGUAGAAAAGGCAGAGACACGACUAGGGGUCACACGGAUACAUGCAGACUAAACACUAAGCUGAAAUUAAUCCGCAUGUACGCCGGCGAAAGGCAUUCUCCUCUUCCAGUGAAGCGGCGCACUCUCUCGUCUGGGGUAGGAUGAGACGGCGAUGACACCUGGCUGUGUGUGGCCGUGGGCCAAUGACACUGCAGUCACAUGACAUGACGACUGAGACAGCUUUACCACGUCAGCGGUUAUCUGACGGUUUUUACGAAAUACUCCAGCCGUUUUCUCUUUUUCACCUGAUUUUUAUCUGAAGAGGCAAUUUUGGUAACAGCGUUUUACAGAAGCCUCACCUCAAAGCAGCUGUGGAGGAAUGAAGAGAUAUGUCCGACAAGUCAGUGUUAAGUUUUGCUUUGGUUGCUUUUAACUACGGCUUUAGCUACACAAGCAGAAGUCUGGUCCCUUUACUUUAAACACAUUGAUACUCUGUAGCCAUGGUACUAAUUCAUUGCUUAGUGCUGUUUGAGUAAAACAUCCUACCACGGA